AUGGCCCCCCGCAAGAAAAAAGCUACAAAGAAAUGCAAACAGUCACGCGCUACAGAGAGAAGAAGCAGCAAGCCUCUCGUCGAGCAAGCCAUGUCAACCGACUCUUUGACCGCUUCAAGCACUCAAAAACCGGAUCCAAUCCAGGCAUCCAUGACGAACGCUGCUCUGUCCGGCACCGACCCCCCUACUACUGCCCCGGCAAUCAUUGAGUCAUCUCAGAAGGGCGUUGCGCAAACUCAGUUUCCUCUCCUUUUGCUUCCUCUCGAGAUUCGGGUGAUGAUCUACAAACAUGUCUUUGACGACGAUGCUAUCGUGAUCGGCCCUGUCAACAAGAAGACCUUCAUACGCAUCUAUACAAUCGACCAAUCUCAACACCAGUAUGAUCUCGCUCUUCUCGGAACUUGUCGAUCCCUCCGCGCCGAGGUCAUGAAAUACCUCAAUCCCAGGUCCAUCAUCAGAAACAUCUCUGCAUCUACCGUGGUGAGCCAUAUGCAUGGUGACCCGCGCAGCCUUAAUCGCAUGCUUCACGAAGUGGAACUCUUGCGCAAGGUAAUCAAACUCUGGGUUAGGCUUGGUAUGCAGCGAUCUGGUCACUUCAAGCGCUUUGAGCCCGUGAGUCCGUCUGCGGACAAGGCUUUGAGCUUGACAUUCGUUGACGAGCAGGAACCUGUCGGUACGUCUGGCAUUGCUGACAGAGGUUGGCUUUGGCUGCUGGAAACAUUUGUAGCCAGACCAGAAAGACGUGAGCAGUAA